CCCAUUUCCGGCGGCGGAGGCGGACCCGAAGGCCGCUUCCGGGUCUGGAAGUUUGUUGGGUUCUGCACGUGCGUCAGUCCCAGAGGUUCCUGGAUUACCUCUACCCUUGGAGGGGUUAUUAGGUCGGGACUUCCUUCAGGCCUAAGGAUGAAGGCGAGAAGAAAUAAAAAACAGGUUCCAAGCUUUCGCAAAUUACUGAAAACUAGUAAAGUUAAACUUGAAAACAAGCUAAAAAAUAAGCAAUUUAAACAACAAAGCUCUCUCAAGAAGUACCGAAAAGAACAGAGGAAACUAAGGCAAGCUGUAAAAGAUGCUGUAUCUAAAAAUCCCAUCCCUUUGGAGGACCCAAAGAAAAUACCACCAGUUAAAAGGCUGGAGAAGGAAGAAGAGGAAGAAGAGGAAGCUCUUCCUUUAGAUAUGAUGGAUGAAGAUGAUUUACAGUUAAUGAAGGACUUAGGACAAAGAGUAUCUUUUUUAACAAGAGAUCUUUCUUCUAGUGAGCCAGUUCAUGCCAAGAAACGAAAGCAUGAGCGCAUCAUUGAUAAAUACGAAAAAAUACCAAGAACUCUGCAAACUGCACCAGAGAAGGAACUGAUUCACUUGCUUCCUAUCAAAGAUAAAAGUGGUAUAAUCCCACAGACCAGGGAGAAACUCGUUGUUAACAGUAACAAAGAUGAAGAAGAUCAAGAAGAAGAACUGGAACUUGAGGAAGAGACCAUUGAAGAGCCUAUUCGAGAGCUGACUAUAGAAGAACAUUUGUUUGAGAGGAAGAAGAAACUGCAGGAAAAGAAAAUUCAUAUUGCAACCUUGGCAUCUGCCAUAUUGUCAGAUCCCGAAAGUAAUAUUAAAAAACUAAAAGAGUUACGUUCCUUGCUGAUGGAACAAGAUCCUGAUGUGGCUGUUACAGUUCGAAAGUUGGUGAUAAUUUCUCUGAUGGAGCUAUUUAAGGACAUUACUCCUUCAUAUAAAAUUCGGCCCCUCACAGAAGCAGAAAAAUCUACUAAGGUCCGCAAAGAAACCCAGAAAUUAAGAGAAUUUGAAGAAGGGCUAGUUAGCCAAUACAAAUUUUAUCUGGAAAAUUUGGAGCAAAUGGUGAAAGAUUGGAAGCAAAGAAAGCUGAAGAAAAGUAAUGUGGUCUCCUUAAAGGCAUACAGAGGACUGGCUCAAGUGGCUGUGAAAAGCCUGUGUGAGCUGUUGGUGGCUCUGCCUCAUUUUAAUUUUCACAACAACAUCAUUGUAUUGAUUGUCCCUCUCAUGAAUGAUGUGUCAAAAUCAAUAUCUGAAAUGUGUUGUGAGGCAGUAAAGAAACUCUUUAAACAAGAUAAAUUAGGCCAAGCUUCUCUUGGUGUGAUUAAAGUGAUUUCUGGCUUUGUGAAGGGCAGAAAUUACGAAGUUAGGCCAGAGAUGUUGAAAACAUUUUUGUGCUUAAGAAUCAAGGAAGUAGAACUGAAGAAAGAUACAGAGGACAUUAAUAAACCAAAAAAGUUCAUGACUUUUAAGGAAAAGAGAAAAACACUAUCAAGAAUGCAGAGAAAGUGGAAGAAAGCAGAGGAAAAACUAGAGCGAGAGCUUCGGGAAGCAGAAGCUUCAGAGAGUACAGAGAAAAAACUUAAACUGCACACGGAGACUUUGAAUAUCGUGUUCGUGACCUACUUCAGAAUAUUAAAGAAGGCUCAGAGAUCACCUCUCCUGCCAGCAGUUUUAGAAGGUCUUGCCAAGUUUGCUCACCUUAUAAAUGUGGAAUUUUUUGAUGACUUAUUGGUAGUUCUUCAUACUCUAAUUGAAUCUGGUGACCUAAGCUAUCAAGAAAGUCUUCACUGUGUGCAGACUGCUUUUUAUAUUCUUUCUGGGCAAGGUGAUGUUUUAAAUAUUGAUCCAAUGAAAUUCUAUACGCAUCUUUACAAAACACUGUUCAAAUUACAUGCAGGUGCCACCAAUGAAGGUGUUGAGACUCUACUCCAGUGCCUUGAUGUCAUGCUAACCAAGCGCAGAAAGCAAGUUUCUCAGCAGCGAGCCCUUGCCUUCAUCAAGCGUCUUUGUACCGUUGCUCUUCAGGUUCUGCCAAAUUCAAGCAUUGGCCUUUUAGCUACUACUCGGACAUUAAUGCACACUUUCCCGAAAACAGAUCUGUUACUUGACAGUGACUCUCAGGGAAGUGGGAUUUUCCUGCCUGAGCUGGAUGAACCUGAGUACUGCAAUGCUCAGAACACUGCCCUGUGGGAACUACAUGCACUGCGGGGACAUUAUCAUCCCAUAGUGCAGAGAUUUGCAGCUCAUCUGCUCGCUGGAGCACCUUCGGAAGGUUCUGAAGCACUCAAACCAGAGUUGAGCCGAAGAUCCGCAGUUGAACUUUUUGAGACCUACAGCAUGGCAGCAAUGACAUUCAAUCCUCCUGUUGAAUUUUCAAACUCCAAAAGGAAAGAUAAAGUUUUACAAGGGGAGUCAUUUCUAAAUGAAGAUUUGAAUCAGUUAAUCAGAAAACAUUGCAAUGAAGUUGCUACUCAGUCAUCCUUGGAUUUCACCAAAUAUUUAAAAACAUCACUAAAAUAGUACAAAAAAAGAACAACAGUGGACUUUCUUUUGUACAUUUAUGUUUAUGUACAGGUACAUAUAAAGACAUGUUGUUAAUUUGGGACUUUUUUAUACCAGGAAAAUAUCCUAAGAACAGUUUGGAAGAAGAAGAAUCACUUUGUAUGGCACGGAGAGCUCUGCUCAGUUUUGAAAGUAUCAUUUCUUUAAGAAAGCAGAAUUGAGAGCCGUUCUUCCCAAUAUUUUGGAAUUUUCCUUCUUAAUGUACUGUUAAGUUACAGUUUUCUUUUUUGUGAUACUGAGAUUGAACUCAGGGAGUGCUGAACUAAAAAUGUUUCAGUUUGGAGACAGUCUCACUAAGUUGACUGGCCUUGAAAUCUGCCCCACAGCCUUCUGAGUAACUGUGAUUACAGGUAUUCACUGCCGAGCCCUCCGGCUCACUGUGUGAGGGGUGUGGUGAGGGAUGAAAUAAAAAAUGGUACCACAUCAGCAGUGUUUAAAAGGAGGUCUGGGAGGCCUGGGAGGUCAUGAGGAUAGGCAAAGACAGAGACCCCUGCUGCUGGCCAAUGAGAAGUGCAGAGAAAGUGAGACUUCCGGUGGAUAAUUUUAACAUCGCAAACCAGUUAAGACCUUUCCCGGACCCGGGUGCCUGCCCACCCUGUAUUUCCUCUGCACGCCCUGCUGCCAAUUGCCACUCUUCCCCGGAGCAGCCAACAAUGGACUGAAACCUCUACAAUGUAAGCUAAAUAAAUCUUUCCCCCUUUAACUUUGGGUGUUUUGUCUCAGCAGUAAAAAAAAUGACCAAGACAGCUACUUUCAAAAAAAACCUUAGGAUUUUAGUAUUUUGAAAUUGUGUGCAUUUUAUGACAUGUCCCUGGAGGAUGGUGGGGGAAGAGUUGUUCCCGGGAGAAAAAAACAAGUGUGGGAUUACCAUUCUAUUUUAGCAAUAAAGAGUACACAGCAGAGAGCCUUCUUUUCCCACUUAAUACAGGGAAAAUGUAUAUUCAUAUGAAUGUACUUACAAAGUAGUGUUUUAUAUAAUAGCUGUAGCAUAGUCGGAGAAUACUUUAUGAAUUAAUAGCUUAGUAAAAUGGCUUUUUUCUCUCUUUCCUAUUGUGAGUUUUUUGUUUGUUUUUCAAGGAACAGCAGUCCAACUAAAUAUUACUACUUCAGUCAUAGAAAGCCAGUUAUAUUGACCUGGAGCUUAGCACUCUUUUCUCAUGAGAUAACUUAACAUAGAAACUUCCUUUUCCAUUGCAGCAGAGAGGAAACAGACAUAAGCCUAACCAUGUAUGUUAGCAUAUGCUUAUAUGUAAUUUAAAAAGUAUUUCUGAGGCCAGAUUUUUAAGGCUUGAUUGUUUAAUGAUGAGAAAGGAAUGUUUCAGGAUAUAUUUGUAACCCAUCAUUUAUAUGUAAAACAGUCUAAGAAUUUAAAUAUUUGUGUGGAUAAGCAAAGGGUCUGUCACCAUCAGAGCACAGAGUGACCAGUGCCUAUCAGAAAUCAUUUAUUUCCAAACAUCCAAAUACAUAUUUCAUUUUGGCAGCAAAAAUUGUAAUUCAGGUGAAAAAUCAGUUUUAAAAUAGAAACUCAUCAACUGUUGUACGCUUGUAUUAUGCUUUUAACAUUCUUGUAUUAUAUAGUCAUAGUGGAACGACAAAAGUGUUUAUACAGUAUUUGAAUAUCCUAUAUAAAUUUGAGAAUAAAAUGUACUUUAUAUAA